AUGGCUUCGUCAAGAAAUUUAUUAUCUUCGAAUGACCCCAACUCUUAUGGUAGUGACGAUGCUUUCGACACCUAUAUCGACAUGGAUUUUUUGAGAAACGAUACUAUGGAGGAGGAUAUUGACAUCGGGAAUAUGUCUACCUCCGAUCUCUUUCGUUACUAUCUGGAAGGUGAGUUAGUCAAGGACGUAGCAAACCUUGACUCCGAGAACUAUGCAACGGCCAUGCAGAAUGUAGAGGACUUUUCUUUAGCGACCAGCCCCGUUUCCAUUUCCGAUGAAGCUAAAACAAACCCUGUAGACGUGGUUGAAGAGAAUAACGUUCUUCCUCAAUCUAACGUUUCGACUGCGGUUGGUCCAUCUUUGGCUAUUUUGAAUGCGCAGUUAGCAGAGUUAUUGGCUAAACUUCCCAUUAUUAAACGAGAAACAAUCGUAGAUAAUAAUAAAGUCACCAUGUUGUCUGGCUCCUCAACACCAGAAAAUUCUGCAUUUUCAAACUUGAAUACUAUAUCAAAGCCACCAGCCGUUCCAAAUAAUAAUAGCACAGAAAGCGACCAAAAACAGACUGAUAACUCUCAAAUUGAUUUGAAAAAACUAUCAUCUAAGGAGCGGCGACAACUUCGUAAUAAAAUUUCUGCAAGGAAUUUUCGUGUUCGCAGAAAAGAGUACAUUCAAAGCUUGGAAUCUACGAAAGAACAGCAACAGGAAGAAAUAAAUUUGCUCAGGCAAGCAUUCAAAGUUUUUGUCAAUCCACCUCCUUCUCCACCUCAUAAUUCUUCCUCAACGACAAAGGAUAUUCCCAACAGUCAUACGUUUUCCAAAAACGGGAGUACUCAAAGGUCAAAUACGAUUAAAGCACCUCAGAAUCACCAGCCACCUUCUCCUGAUUCCCGUUAUUUAAUAAUCCCCAAAGUAAAUAAGGACGCCUCACCUUCUUCUUCUUCCGCAGGCAAAAAAUCAUGGCAAGAUUCCCGAGUCAGAGUGCAAACAACGUUUAUUCCAGAAUUUAAGCUUGAUAAACAUUUAUUUGAGGAAAAAUCAGACCUCUCUUAUUCUGGCUUCCGGAAUGUCAUUACCAAUGGGCAACCCAUUAAAUUGGAUCAUCUUGAUGUCAGAUCCAGCGAGACCGGUCAAAAAGCUUUGUUUGCAUAUAUGUUGUUUUCUAUUAUAACGCAACGAAUUACUACUCUGUUUAUCGAAGCGGUAUGUGCUACACCACGUCAUUUGAUGAUUUCGGCUCUAUUUCCAAAUUCUAUUUCUGUACCUAAAAAUUUAAGUGAAGAGCCUCAAUCUCUGGAAAUUGUUGAUAAGAAAUCAGGCGAAUCAAAUGACAUUCAUUGCCAAUCUUUGGAUCCUUUAUCAGCGAAAAAUAUAGACUCUUCCUCUCAUGCAGUUGAUGCUGAAGAACCAUUAUUAGACAACAACAAUGUGGUAGAAUCUAUAAAAGAAGCUUCUGUUCUGGACUGGCUUUAUGAUUCAAUGGUAAAACAUGUUGUCGAACAAAGCCAAAUGGAAGCAAGAAUGAUGGAACUGAGUGAUUGGGUUGGUGAAGAAUGGGAUGAUAAUGUUUUACCAUUUUUAUUUUAG